AUGGCAAGAUCCAAAUCAGAAAGUGGUAUGGGAUUCAGAGACAUAGAGCAUUUCAACUUGGCGUUGCUUGGAAAACAGGUCUGGCGUAUCAUGCAACACCCUUAUUGUCUCAUGGCUUGGAUGUUAAAAGCAAGAUAUUUCAGUGACACCAACAUCCUGAACGCUACAAAGAAACGCAGAGAAUCUAUUGUCUGGAAAUCAUUAAUGCAAGGUAGAGAUUUACUUAAACAAGGCAUGCGAUUUAUCAUCGGAGAUAGUUCAACGAUAAACGCUUGGAUUGAUCCAUGGCUACCGCUACAUCCGCCUAGACCUCCCAGAGCAAGAAGUCAUCAGAUAUCAAACACUUUAGUCAAGGACUGGAUUAACCCCAAUUCAUGUGAGUGA